AUGGCUCAACACCGGACCACGCAUAGCUCUUUGAGCUCGUCUUCGACCUUCUGCCUGAUACUUUCCCUCCCAGCUGAGUUGCGCGAUAUCAUUUACAUGUACUCUUGGGGUUUUCGAACAAUCGAAGCCUCGAUUUCUUGUACCCCACCGACAUCAAUCCUUGCCAUACCCAAAAGUAUCGUUCAUGACCGAUUGUCCAAAUUGUUACUUCGGCAAAGAGGCUUGCCGAUCUGGUUAUCGACAUGCAGACAGAUGCUAAAAGAAGGUUUGAGUUUGCUGUCGAGAGAAUUCGCGUUCACCUCUUCCACACUAUCUACAAUCCAGCAAGUGAAGACCGUAGAAGAAACCGAUAUCCCAAACCGGUUAGUCUUCGAGGCUAUCAAAACAGUGGUGCUAGAUCGCGCAACACCAAGUUGGAUCCAAGAUGUAGAUUUGGAAAUGCAAGCCGAACACGAAGACGCAAUACUGCCCACUGGGAUAAACCUCGUGCGGUGCUCACGUUUGUAUGUCAACACGAGGCCGAAUGAACGGGGGUCCCUCCCAGGAACUUACAGGUUGCGAGAUCAUCAGUUGUUGCAAAUCAAACUUUGGCCUGCUGAUGAGGCGAUGCUGAACAUCUUGCAUAAGGCUGGCACGGGUGUCAGGGAAUUACACAUGAACUGGAUCUACGAUGUUGGUACACUAGUUCCUGGUGACCAACCGGUUGUUAGGAGCAAGACUCUGGAUGAAUGGGUUGGUAAAUUGGAACGUGUGAAGGUUACAGUAAGAAGUGAGCCUAGUAAAACUUUUGCUGGGAGGAUGGCGACAGAUUUGGUGGAACGGACUGCGAAGAGGCUUGUUGGUGAGAAAGGCAAGGGUGAGACAAGUAUGAGAUGGAAGGAGAAGGAUAUAGAAGACGAUGAAGGGUUCAAGAAAGACGAAUGCAAGAUGCAGACAAGAACACACAGUCACUAUUCAUUUUCGCGUCCUUCUCACGCAGAAGAUAUGCUAGAGUCAGCCGGCCUUGUCACGCUGGUUUCUAAAUCAUCGCCUAACCUACUCCUUGAUCUUCCAUUGGAGAUUCGAGAUGAGAUUCACAAGUACGCCUUCGGAGAUGCUGCCCGCUCAUUUGUCGUCAGCACAGAAAUCUCAGCUUAUGCGUUCGCAAGCGCUUCCACCUACUGA